AUGGCUGUGAGCAUGGAUGAUGACGUUCCCCUCAUCCUCACCCUGGACGACAGUGGCAGCGGCGCCUCGGCCCCUCUAGAUGACCUGGAUCGGGAGGAGCUGCCUAACGAAAAUGGAGGUAGCUAUGACGUUGUUAAUGAUGCAUCCAGCCCUGCUGCGGGGGACUGCUGUGCGCAGCAAAGCUCUGCCCGACACAACUGGGAAAUGAACUACCAAGAGGCAGCAAUCUACCUCCAGGAAGGAGAAAAUAACGAUAAGUUCUUCACUCACCCCAAAAACGCCAAAGCACUUGCUGCCUACCUCUUUGCACACAACCACCUUUUCUACCUAAUGGAGCUGAGCACAGCGCUGCUUCUCCUGUUGCUGUCUCUCUGCGAGGCGCCAGCUGUUCCUAUGCUCCGUCUUGGCAUCUUUGUCCACGCAACCCUGGAGCUGUUUGCGUUAAUUGUGGUAGUCUUUGAACUCUCGAUGAAGAUGAGGUGGCUGGGCUUCCAAACCUUUAUCAGGCACAAAAGGACUAUGGUGAAGACUUGCGUGCUGUUUGUCCAGUUCAUAGAGGCCAUCGUGGUGUUGGUGCGCCAAACCUCGCAUGUCCGGAUAACGAGAGCUCUGCGCUGUAUCUUCUUGGUGGACUGCCGUUACUGUGGUGCCGUCAGAAGAAAUCUGCGACAGAUCUUCCAGUCCCUCCCACCAUUUAUUGACAUUCUUCUCCUCCUGCUUUUCUUCAUGGUGAUUUUUGCCAUCCUGGGUUUUUACUUGUUUUCUCCUAACCACUCGGAUCCGUACUUCAAUACCUUAGAGAACAGCCUCGUGAAUCUCUUCGUGCUUUUGACCACUUCAAAUUUCCCUGAUGUGAUGAUGCCAUCUUAUGCCCGGAACCCCUGGUCCUGUGUCUUCUUCAUAGUGUAUCUCUCCAUCGAGCUGUACUUCAUCAUGAACUUGCUUCUCGCUGUUGUGUUCGACACUUUCAAUGACAUCGAGAAAAGGAAGUUUAAGUCCUUGCUGCUGCACAAGCGCACGGCCAUACAGCAUGCCUACCGCUUGCUGAUCACCAAACAGAGGCCGUCUGGAAUUUCCUUCAAGCACUUUGAAGGGCUGUUGCGGUUUUACAAGCCUCGGAUGUGUGCCAGAGAGCGAUAUCUCACUUUCAAAGCACUGAAUCAAAGCAAUACUCCUUUAGUCAGUCUAAAGGAUUUUUACAAUUUCUAUGAAGUUGUUGGCUUAAAAUGGAAGGCAAAACGAAAUCGCGAGCACUGGUUUGAUGACCUUCCACGGACAGCAUUCCUUAUUUUUAAAGGCAUCAACAUCCUUGUGAAGUCCCGCGUGUUCCAAUACACCAUGUAUACUGUGGUGGCUGUGAAUGGAAUUUGGAUUCUUGUUGAAACCUUCAUGCUGCAAGGAGGAAAUUUCUUCUCCAGAAACGUUCCUUGGAGCUACAUAGUCUUCCUUACAAUCUAUGGCGUGGAGCUGCUCCUGAAGACCACUGGGCUGGGGCCCGUCGAGUACCUGUCCUCGGGUUGGAAUCUCUUUGACUUCUCAGUCACCCUGUUUGCAUUUUUGGGGCUCAUGGCACUGGCGUUUAACAUGGAGCCGUUCUACUUCAUUGUGGUCUUGCGACCCCUUCAGCUGCUGAGGCUAUUUAAAUUGAAGAAACGCUACAGAAAUGUCCUGGACACUAUGUUUGAGUUGUUCCCCCGGAUGGCCAGCCUGGGUUUAACCCUGCUGAUCUUCUACUAUUGCUUUGCCAUUGUUGGCAUGGAGUUCUUUGCUGGCGUGGUCUACCCGAACUGCUGCAACACGAGCACAGUCGCAGAUUCCUACCGCUGGGUGAAUCAUACAGUCGGCAACAAGACGGUUGUGGAAGAAGGUUAUUACUAUCUCAACAACUUCGACAACAUUUUGAACAGCUUUGUCACGCUGUUUGAGCUGACAGUCGUCAAUGACUGGUACAUCAUCAUGGAAGGGGUGACAUCCCAAACUACUCACUGGAGCCGCCUUUACUUCAUGAUCUUCUAUAUUGUGACCAUGGUGGUGAUGACAAUCAUCGUGGCUUUUAUUCUGGAUGCUUUCGUCUUCCGCAUGAACUACACUCGGAAGAACCAAGAUUCAGAAGAAGACAACGGCAUUGUGCUGGAGAAGGAGAUCUCCAAGGAGGAGGUGGUUGGCAUAAUCGAGCUGUACAAGCGGAGUUCAGCCGCCGCUGAAACAGCUCAGCUGCAGAAGAUCGUUUUGCAGAUGGACAAAUACGGGCAAACAUCAACACUGUUUCUGGGACGCAGAUCAAGGACCAAGAGUGAUUUGAGUAUGAAGAUGUAUGAGGAGGAGAUACAGGAAUGGUAUGAGGAGCAUUCCAGAAAAGAGGAAUCUCAGACGCCAUUGCAAGAGCCUGCAUCUGCUUCCAACAGCUCUCUGAAGCCCCUGAGCCUCCGACAACGCUCCCAGACUGUCAUUUAGGCCUAGCUAACGCAAGCCGCCUUCUAUGCAAUAACCUAGAGUAUUACUUCAUGGCAUAUAUAUUGGGAUGAUGUAUAUAGAUCUGUUCAGUGUAGUGUUCAGCUUUAGGGUUAAAUCUCUUCCCCUAGG